GGCAACAACGACGACGACGACGACGACGACGACGAAGACGAAAGUGUUGUGGCGGCGGUGGUGGUGGUGGUGGUGGUGUUGGAGGCGGGAGGGUGACCUCCGGCCAGAGCUCGUCGACGACGAGAUGUUAUCGUGCCGUCUCGCGCCGAUUCUGAUCCUCACUACGAUCCUCAGCGAAUUAACGACGAGCGGCUGCGGUGAGAGGAUGAGUGGACUUUACGUCGACAAUGGCUUCGAUCAGACGAUCGUACACAGGGUCGUUAGCCAGAGAGAAAAACGUGAAGUCGAGCAUGAAAUAUUGAAUUUGCUCGGGUUGCCUGAUAGGCCGAGGAACACAGCUGGAAGGCCACCUCAAAUCAAGAGAUCCGCACCUAAAUUUCUUCUUGACAUUUAUAAGAACGCUCUUGGCGAAGAUGAGGACGAUAGCCGACGAUCGAUUGCCGAUCAAACGCAUAGGGCUGGAGGAGAGUUCGAUCUUACUGGUCAGGAUCUCAGGGCCAUCGACCAGAGCGACGUCAUCAUGACCUUUGCUGCGCACAAUCAUCACGUUCCUGGGGUGAGGCACGAACGCGGAAAAAGGCUUUGGUUCGAUGUCUCGGAUGUUCCACCUGGAGAACACAUAAUUGGAGCUGAAUUAAGGCUUUAUCGAAGCAUAGACGUGAAAAAUCGAAGGAAUCGUGGAUCUUACAUGAUCACGGCAUAUCGGGUUCUAAGAAGUGAAGAUGGGUCACGGGAAUUACAAUAUGUUGAUGCGAUAAACACGACAAUAGGAAGAGAAGGAUGGUUGACAUUAAACGUCAGCGAACCUCUUUCACAUUGGGUGAAUAACCCCAAUGGAAAUCGAGGAUUGUAUCUUUCGGUUCAUCCUGCCGAUCGUUCUGUGCACGAGAUGAGGCCAGAGGAUAUCGGCAUCGUUGGGUUCAGAGGUGAUCCGGACAAGCUACCCUUUAUGGUGGGUUACUUCAAAAGCUCUGGCAUCAGAGAAUCGAAAGUGAGACAAAAACGUGAUGCCAGGAGAAGAAAGAAAAGCGAAUCGUCUAGCUUAGAUUAUCGAAAUAAUCCUUACACCGAUCCUGGCGCGCAAUACAACUCGAGAACUUGCAAGAUCCAAACGCUCUACGUCAGCUUCAGGGAUCUUCAGUGGCAGGACUGGAUCAUAGCACCGGACGGGUACGACGCAUAUUAUUGCAGCGGUGAAUGUAAUUUUCCCUUGAACGCUCAUAUGAACGCUACCAAUCAUGCGAUCGUACAAACAUUGGUGCAUCUCGUGAGCCCCGGUAAAGUACCAAAGCCCUGUUGCGCGCCUACGAAACUUUCUGCCAUUUCAGUCUUAUAUUUUCUCGACGAGAGCAACGUUAUUUUAAAGAAGUAUAAGAAUAUGGUUGUAAAGAGCUGCGGAUGUCAUUGAUUAAGUUUACUCACUUUUUCGAAAGAACAGUCCUUUCAAUAGCGAAUGGAUCGUCGUUCGAUCCUGCAUCUGGAAGGUCGUCACCAAGCUUGGCGUUUUCAAUGCUUUUUUUUUUUUUUAUUCAAAACGUUUCAACAGAAACAUGGCAAUGAGUCGUAAACGAGCAACGAUACCUACGUUUUCCCAUCAUUUUUUAUAAUCAUUGGUAAGACGCAACCCCGAUGCAAUCUUGACGCAACGCCCAGAUCCAAAUUUCUCUCACACACACACACACACACACACACACACACACAAUAAGGAUAACUGCAACGAAUGCGAGAAAUAUAUUUUAAUAUAUCGAAUAUCGAUGGCAUUUCAACUGAAAGAAUUCAUUUAAGUGACAUAACAAAGUUUAAAGACUUUACACAAACUUCGGUUAUAGCUAUUGUUGAAUAAAACAAUGUCUUUCUCUUUUUUUUCUUCCGAGAAUGUACAUUUAUUUACAUAUGUAUGAGAAAAUAUCAAUGCAAUUAUUCCAUGUAAUUAGACUUAUUUAUAUUUCUUAGUAUAUCACUCAUUCGAACGGACAUUGUAUGUAAGAGAAUACUCUUAUCGAAUAUAUCUAUAUUAUAGAGUUAUUUAAUGUAAACCAUUCCAUUUUUUAAUGACGAUUGUUUGGAAACGAAAAUUGGAUAAUUUAUUAUUACAACCUCGCGCAAUGAAAACAAAUUCGUUAAAUAACAAAAAUUUUGUAACCUUAUGACAUUUAUCUUUUGCACUCCUACCGCGUUUUUUGCAAAAGAAUUUAUAAUCAAUAGUGAAAUUCCUCAAUGAGAAAAAUAAUGUUAAUUAUUAAUUGCUGCUAAUUAAUCCAAAAUAAAAGUCAGGUAAGAAAAUAAAUAAAUCACGCGUGCAUAUAUAUAUAUAUAUAUGUAUGUAUAAAAUUAGAUCUAUCGAAUGUCAAAGUGUAUGGAUGGGAUUCUUCUUCUUAUUUCUUUUUUUUUUUUUUUUUAUUUUAAGUAACGAAACGUGUAUGAGUGUUGUGCGGAGGUAGGUAUGUAAAUUGAAACAUAAUCUAGUUUACAGUUAUGUUCUCACAACUUUUGUAACGACAAUGUAAAUAUACCGUUGUACAUAUG